AUGAACUUAAUAAAAAAGAAAAUAAUAAAUUCUAUAUUUUUAAAAAAAUGGUUACAUAAUAAUUUGAGAUUUAUAAAUAAUUUUAAAAAUGUAGAAAAUUGCUUAAAUGAUAUAAAGACAAAAGGAAAAGAUAUUAAUGUGUUAAGCUUAGUAAUAAGUAAUAACAAUUUGUGUUACUGUUUAUUUAAAAAUAAAAUUAUUAAAAAAAUUGGAUUAAUUAAUAUUAAAAAGGACAUUUAUUCUUAUGAUGAAAAUUCUAUGAACACAAAAAAAAAAAAAAAUUACAUUGAAAAUGUAAAUAAAAGAUAUAAUUAUGAUAAAGAUGAAAAUCCUUUAAGUUUUAAUAUUAGAGAAAUUCUAACAAUUUUAAAUUUCAUUAAAAUAUAUUCAAACAAAGAAGAAAAUGAUUCAAAAGAAGGAUUACAAAAUAAUGAAGAUAGAAAUUCAGAAAUAAUUAACAAUGGAAACUCAUAUAAAAACAUAAGUAAAAAUGAAAUCGAAAGUAAUAACGAACAUAUUAAUGUAAAUGAAUUUGAUAAUUUCAAAGAUAGUUCUUCAAAAAAAAAAAAAGAAUGGAUUAUAGGUAUAGAAAAAGUAAAUGAAAAAUAUGAAAAAAAUAGAAUAAAAGAAAAAAUUUUGUCUAUUAUUGUUUAUUUUAUGCAGUCUAUUUUUAAAUGUAAAAUAAUUUUUUUUUGCCCAAAGGAAGCAAGAAAGUAUUUUAGUAAUAAAUGCAACUAUAAUUUAACAAAUAGAGAAGAAGCAUAUAUAUAUAUAAAAAAUAAAAUAAAAAAUUUUCCUAAAAUUGAUGAAAAUAACAAUAGCUUAAAUUGUUUAUUUAGUGAUUGUUAUAUUAUAUCAUUUUACACAUACAGAUAUUAUAUGCAUGAACUUAUUAAAAAUAACAGAAAAAUUUUUAAUUAUUUAGAAAAAGAAGUUAGAAAAAAUAAAAGUUUUAAUCAUAUUUUACAAACAUUAAAAAAAACAGAAAAUGAAAAAAGUAAAAAUGAUUUAAGAGGCUUAUUAAAAGAUAGGAUAAAUAGAAUUAUUGAAAAUGAAGCAUAUAAAUUAGUAGAUAAAUAUAUUGUUUAA